UCUAGAUUCCCCAUAUUCCUCCUCCACUUAGCCUCUGGGCUCUCCUCUUCAGUCUUGUUCCUGAUACUUUUCAUCCUCAAGAGCCAUGGCUGCCGCCGCUGCCUCCGCAGCUGCGCUGGACCCCAACAACAGCAGCAAGAAUACCCUCAAGCUCGAAAAUACCGAGAAAAGAGAUACCUUGAUUGCGAUCGAGAAGAAGUAUCAGGCGCAAUGGAAGGCUAACAAAGUCUUCGAGGUCGAUGCCCCCUCCCUCGCCGAUGUGCCCGCGGGCACCAUGUCCGCCGCCGAACUCCGUGAGAAAUACCCCAAGUUCUUCGGCACCAUGGCCUACCCGUAUAUGAACGGUACCCUGCACGCCGGUCACAGUUUCACGGCCAGUAAGGUCGAGUUCAUGACCGGUGUGGCGCGCAUGGAGGGCAAGAACGCCCUGUUCCCGCUCGGCUUCCACUGCACGGGUAUGCCCAUCAAGGCCUGUGCCGACAAGCUGCGUGACGAGGUCAAGAUGUUUGGCACCAACUUCGAGGGCUACCAGGAACAGGACGAGGAGGCUUCCAAGGAUAUCGCCGCCCCCACCCAGGAGGUCAAGGGCGAGCAGCAGGAGAAGUUCUCCGGCAAGAAGAGCAAGGCCGCUGCCAAGACCGUCAAGAUGAAGUACCAGUUCCAGAUCAUGCUGGCCAUUGGCCUCCCGCUCGAGGAGAUCCACAAGUUCGCCGACGCGGACUACUGGUUGCAGCAUUUCCCGCCCCUCGCGAUCCGGGACCUCGACAGCUUCGGUGCCCGCAUCGACUGGCGCCGCCAGUUCGUCACCACCGACGCCAACCCCUACUACGACGCCUUUGUGCGCUGGCAGAUGAACCGUCUCCACGAGCUGGGUAAGAUCAUGUACGGCAACCGGUACACCGUCUACUCGCCCAAGGAUGGACAGCCGUGUAUGGACCACGACCGCACCGAGGGUGAGGGCAUCGGACCCCAGGAAUACACCGCCAUGAAGCUCAAGGUGAAGGAGUGGGCCCCGGAGAUCGCCGAGCUGGUCAAGGGCAAGAUCGAGGACGACGCUAGCGUCUACUUCGUUCCCGCCACCCUGCGCCCGGAGACCAUGUACGGCCAGACCUGCUGCUUCCUCGGCCCCAAGAUCGACUACGGCAUCUUCCGCACGAAGGAGAAGGAGUACGUCGUGGCCACCAAGCGCGCCGCCUGGAACAUGGCCUUCCAGGGGUGGUUCUUCGGCAGCGAGAAAUUCCCCAAGACCCAGGACCAGCUGCCGCUGGUCGUCGAGGCCCCAGGAUCCGCGUACGUGGGCACGCUCGUCAACGCCCCGCUCUCCCUCCACACCGAAGGCGUGCGCAUCCUGCCCAUGGACACCGUCUCGGCCAGCAAGGGUACCGGUGUCGUCACCUCGGUGCCCUCCGACAGCCCGGAUGACUUCGCCACGCUCAAGGACCUGGCCAAGAAGCCCGAGUUCUACGGCAUCAAGAAGGAGUGGGCUGAGCUGGAGAUUCUCCCCCUGAUCGACACCCCGACCUACGGCAACCUGACGGCCCCGAAGCUGGUGGAGCAGCUCAAGAUCAACUCGCCCAAGGACGUCAACCAGCUGGCCAAGGCCAAGGAGCUGGCCUACGGUGAGGCUUUCUACAAGGGCACGAUGCUGGUGGGCGAGUUCAAGGGCGAGUCGGUCAGCGCGGCCAAGGACAAGAUCCGACAGGCCCUCUACGCGAGCGGGGAUGCGUUCCCCUUCGCCGACCCGAUGGGCAAGGUCGUCAGCCGCAGCGGAGACGACUGCGUGGUGGCCUACCUCGGCCAGUGGUUCCUGAACUACGGCGAGAACGACGCCGAGUGGCAGAACACCACCCUGAACCACGUCGUCAACACGCUCAACACGUACCUGAACGAGACCAAGAACGGCUUCGAGAAGAACCUGGAGUGGCUGAACCGCUGGGCCUGCGCGCGGACGUACGGCCUGGGCUCGCAGCUGCCGUGGGACAAGCAGUUCCUCGUCGAGUCGCUGAGUGACAGUACGGUCUACAUGGCCUACUACACGAUCGCGCACUUCCUCCACGGCGACCGCUACGGCAACCAGCCCGGUCUCCUGGGCGUCAAGGCCGACCAGAUGAUCGACGAGGUCUGGGACUACGUGUUCACGCGACGCGAGCUCAGCGACGAGCUGGUGACCAAGAGCGGCAUCAGCAAGGACUCCCUGUUGAAGAUGCGCCGCGAGUUCGAGUACUGGUACCCCCUGGACGUGCGCGUCUCGGGCAAGGACCUGAUCCAGAACCAUCUGACCUUCUUCCUGUACAUCCACGUCGCGCUCUUCGCGCCCGAGUACUGGCCGCGCGGUGUCCGCGCCAACGGCCAUCUGCUGCUGAACGGCGAGAAGAUGAGCAAGAGCACGGGCAACUUCCUGACCCUGAAGGACGCAGUGGAGAAGUUCGGUGCCGACGCGACGCGCAUCGCGUUCGCCGAUGCCGGUGAUGGUAUCGAGGACGCCAACUUCGAAGAGACGGUGGCCAACAGCAGCAUUCUUCGUAUGCACACCCUGAAGGAGUGGAUCGAGGAGACCAUCAAGGACGAGACCCUGCGAUCGGGCCCGGCCGACACCUUCUGGGAUAAGCUGUUUGACAACGAGCUGAACAUUCUGGCUCGCGAGGCCAAGAAGCACUACCAAGAUACCAACUUCAAGCUGGCUCUCAAGUCCGCCCUGUACGACUUGAUCAGCGCGCGCGACACCUACCGCGAGGCCUCGAUAGCGGCUGGCGUGGGCAUGCACCGCGACAUGAUCCGCCGGUACUCCGAGCUGCAGGCGCUCCUCAUGGCGCCUGUUGCGCCCCACUGGGCUGAAUACAUCUGGCUUGAGGUUCUCAAGAAGUCUGAAUCGAUCCACUUCGCCCGCUUCGCCGACGUCCCGGAGCCGUCUCCGGAGCUGACCGCCGCCUACAACUACGUGCGCACGACCUCCUCCAACAUCACCUCCUUCGAAGCGAACCUCGCCAAGAAGCUCAGCAAGGGCAAGUCCUCGACCUUCGACCCGCGCAAACCCAAGCGCCUGACGAUCUACGCCGCCAAGAAAUACCCCACCUGGCAAGAGAAGUACAUCGACCUGGUGCGCGAGGCCUUCGACCAGAUCAACCUGUCGAUCGACGACAAGGGCCUGAACGCCAAGGUCGGCAAGCUCGGCGAGAUGAAGAAGGCGAUGCCGUUCGUGCAGACGCUCAAGAAGCGUCUCGUCGUGGCCAAGGAGAAGCCCGACACCGUCUUCGAGCGCAAGCUGCCGUUCAACGAGUUCGACGUGCUCUCUGAGAUGCGCGGCAUCUUGGCUAAGACGACCGGCGCUAAGGAGAUCGAUAUCGUCGCUGUUGAUGAGGGCGGCAAGACGGGUGAUGUGCUCGGCUCUGGGGAGAAGCGCGAGGGUCUGCAGGCUGAGGCUGCCGUGCCGGGACAGCCUUCUUGCCAGUUUGCGAAUAUUGAGUAGGUUUGACUAUUUGGUAGAAUAGAAUAGUAAACUUGAUAAAAUU